AUGCAGCAGCAGCGGCGAAGGGGGGCGCUCCGGCGAGAGUCGGCGGAGGGGGAGCCAGCCAUGGAGGAGGCAGGAGAGCAGUCAGUGGCGCCGGCGAUGGUGGCAGCAGGAGAGGAGGAGAAGAUGGGGCAAGUGGUUUGGAGCCUGACUGACCUGAGUCAGGAGGAGGCGGAGCCAGUGCCGGGUCCUUCAGGCAGGAGGCAGAGAGGGGAAGACAGCGCUGCGUUGGCGAGCAACUCCUCGGAAGAGGAGGGGUUCAGUGCGGCGAAAUCCCAAAGCAGAAGAAGGCGCAGAGUUCCCAAAGGGCAGGAGGUGGUGUCGGCGGGGACUGCGCCUGCAUGGAGUGUGGAGGAGGCCCUGAGGGUGGGGAGAAUUAUCUCCCAGUACCGAGCCCAGCAGGAGCCGCUUGUCCAGUCCCGAGUCCAGCAGGAGCCGCCUGUCCAGUCCAGAGCCCAGCAGGAGCCGCCUGUCCAGUCCAGAGCCCAGCAGGAGCCGCCUGUCCAGUCCAGAGCCCAGCAGGAGCCGCCUGUCCAGUCCAGAGCCCAGCAGGAGCCGCCUGUCCAGUCCAGAGCCCAGCAGGAGCCGCCUGUCCAGUCCCAAGCCCAGCAGGAGCCGCCUGUCCAGUCCCAAGCCCAGCAGGAGCCGCCUGUCCAGUCCAGAGCCCAGCAGGAGCCGCCUGAGAAGCCUCCUGCCCAGCCCAGAGUGCAGGAGAAGCCUCCUGCUCCGCCCAGCGCCCAGGAGAAGCCUCCUGCUCCGCCCAGUGCCCACGAGAAGCCUCCUGCUCCACCCCACGCCAAGGAGAAGCCUCCAGCUCCGCCCCACGCCCAGGAGAAGCCGCCUUCUCUGCCCGGGUCGCCUGCUAUGCCCGUUGUCCUGCAGGGAUCGCCUGCCCUGCCCAGAGUUCCCGCGCCCCCUAGUGUUUCCGAGCCCCCUAGUGUUCCCAAGUCGUCGCUGCCCCGCACCCAGGAGCUUCCCCGGCCCAUAGCCCAGAGACCCUGGCUGUCCAGCAGCCCUGCCCGUUCCCUGUCGUCUGUGAGUCCAGUUCCGUGUUGUCCGUGA